AUGGCAGCAACAAAAAACACAGUCACCACUACGUUAGCAGCCGCCGCCGCAGCAGCAGCAGAGACGGAAGAAAAUGUCUACCAAACCUGCCUGGGCAAACUCCAGCCCCUGGUGCCCGUGCUGGCGGGCUUCAACCACCGCAACCGGAGCCAGCACCGGCACGCGCGGUGGUGGGCGGCGUUUGGAUCCCUGCGCCGCAAUUUGGGCCGAUUGGUGGCGGAUCUGGAAAAGGCCUACGCCUUGUCAAAAAAGAGCAGCAGAAGCGGCAGCAGCAGCAGUGGCAAGAAGAAGCGCAAGCGCGAGGGCAAGGGAGAUGACGGGGAUGGGUCAGCAACAGCAGUCGGAGAAGGACAUCGUGUCAAAAAGGGCCCCGUCGAGGUUCGGGCGGUUUGGAUGAGGGAUCAUGAAGUUCCCGGGUGUUAUGUCGCAUUCUCUCAACUCGCAGCAGACAACCAAUUCGCCGUCCUCGGCCUCGCGCUCCUGGGCAUCCUGGCCACGGUCCACGACGUCUGCGUGCGCCUAGUCGGCGAGGCUCCCGCGGUGUCCAAGCCCGCCGUCUCUCCGUCGUCAUUGUCAGUACCAGUGGGUCGCAAUCUGACAUCACCCGGAGACGCAGCAGCCGCAAAGACUGGUGAAACCAAAAAGUCCAUCGGCGGCGGCGGCGGCGGCGGCGGCGGCGGGGUCAUGACUCCAGCCGCCAUGGAUCUGGGACAAGUCGUGUCGCGCAAAGACGUGGCCGCGGCUCUAGCCUCGUCUUCGUCUUCUCUGCUUUCCAAAUCCAAACCACCCAAGGCAUGUGCCCAAGAGGACAUUGCCUCGGCUUCUACGGCGUUCCCUCGAAGGGUACAAGACGGGGAAGCUCCACCGCCGCCGCCGCAGCAGCCCGUCAAGCGCAAGAAAAAGGACCCCAGCACAUCCAAGACGGCAUUAUUCACGGACUCGACGCCGUCCACGAUCAAGGCCGCCGAAAAACAGUCGGACGGUAAAGUUGCAAAGGGGGACAAGAUCAAGAAGAAAAAGAAAAAGACCAAGGGCGACGAGUUUGACGCUCUGUUUAGCUCACUAGUCUAG